UUGUAUUCCCGCUAGCCUUGAUAGAAUACUGGAAAGCAACCAGAUGGAAUUCAGCACUGGCUUCUUAACAGAUUCCGCACAUUUUAAAUUGUAUCGCACACAUUUUUUAGCGGACUUUGCUGGCAUUUACAAGCCCUGGCGUGACUACAAAGGCCUGUGAAGCCGGGACAGAAGAAGACAUCUAAAGACCCAACAUCUUCCCACUGUCCCAAGGCGAGUGUGUGUCCAUCAUGCCGCUGUUUGGUAAAUCCCACAAGAGUCCAGUGGACAUCGUCAAGACCCUGAAGGAAAACAUGGCCAUCCUGGUGAAACAGGACAAGAAGACAGACAAGGCGUCUGAUGAGGUGUCGAAGUGUCUGGUGUCCAUGAAGGAGAUCCUGUACGGCAGCAAUGAUAAAGAGCCUCACACAGAGACGGUGGCCCAGCUGGCCCAGGAGCUGUACAACAGCGGGCUGCUGCUGUCGCUGGUGGAGAACCUGCAGGUCAUCGACUUCGAGGGCAAAAAGGAUGUGUGUCAGAUCUUCAACAACAUCCUGAGGAGGCAGAUCGGGACGAGGAGUCCCACCGUGGAAUAUUUCUGCUCCCACCAAGAUGUGCUCUUCAUCCUGCUGAAAGGGUACGAGACGCCCCAGGUAGCGUUGAAUUGCGGCAUCAUGCUGAGGGAGUGCAUCCGCCACGAGCCGCUCGCCAAGAUCGUGCUGCAGUCGAAUGAUUUCAACAAGUUCUUCCACUACGUGGAGAUGUCCACCUUCGACAUCGCCUCCGACGCCUUCGCCACCUUUAAGGAUCUCCUGACAAGACACAAAGUGCUUGUGGCUGAAUACCUGGAGCAGCACUACGACUCUGUGUUUGCAGACUACGAGAAGCUGCUGCACUCUGAGAACUACGUCACCAAGCGGCAGUCUCUAAAGCUGCUGGGCGAGCUGCUGCUGGACAGACAUAACUUCACGGUGAUGACGCGCUACAUCAGCAAGCCGGAGAACCUGAAGCUGAUGAUGAACCUGCUGCGAGACAAGAGCCCCAACAUCCAGUUUGAAGCCUUCCACGUCUUCAAGGUUUUCGUAGCGAACCCCAACAAGACGCAGCCCAUCAUCGACAUCCUGCUCAAGAACCAGACCAAACUAAUCGACUUCCUGAGCAACUUCCAGAAGGAUCGCACAGACGACGAGCAGUUCAACGACGAGAAGACCUACCUAAUCAAACAGAUCCGGGAUCUGAAGAAACCGGCCUCCUAGAGAAGCCCCUCAACGCCAACUUUUUACCGAUAGGAUUAAAAAAAACCACAUUAACAAUAACGGUUACUCUAUUUCAGAAAGAAUCUUCUCUUUGUUGGUUCAUUUGAAACUCGUGCAACAGUAGUUCUCAAUCACUGAUCUUUCUUUUUGUAAAUGUUUCUCAUGAGAUCUUUGUUUGUUUGUUUUCCAUCUGUAGCAUGUAGCGCCACAGCUCAUAGUGUCGAAGGCAUUCGCUCUUCUGGGAGAACCAGCGCUUAAAACACAUUUUUGGAAAGCAAUCUCAGUCACCAGAUGCAGGACUGGUUUCUAACUGUUUAAAUGAUUAUAAUAAUGAAGAAUUCCUGCUUUUUUUUGUUUAUUUUAGCUGGGUUGACAUGAACCAUAUUCUCAGUCAUCGCUCAAAGCUUUGUUUGCCAAAUAGCAACAUUUAGCUGCUAAACGUCCUUCUUAUUGAACAGCCAAACUAAAUCAACAUCCUCACUAAAACACCAACAUGUUUUAACCAAUUAAACACGGGACAGGAUUAAGCAGAUCUUUAAACAUUAGGAAUAUACUACAAGAUAAAUACAUUUGAAUCAUCUCUAAUUGGUGGACCAAUCACAGCAGAGAAACAGCAUGGUAAUUAGCACGAUAGGGCCCCCUUUAAAGCUCUCCAAAACCCCACAGAUGUGGUGUAUGCGAGACUGAGAAUGGACGUUUUCGGAGACCUAGUUUUAGUGACUGUUGACCAAGAAUUGCAAACCUUAAAGAAGCAACUGCAGGAUAUUUAAUUUGAAAUGAAGGGCCUUCCUAAUCGACAUGCUAUCGGUACAGUUUCAAUCAUUUUGAUCACUGGUUCUCUUCGCUGGUGGCUGAGAGCACUUUCCGUUUGAGGAAUAAUAAUAUGUUAGUCUUAAGCUGAUCACUGUUUUUCACACUGCUUGAGGGUUGAUGUUUUUAUACAUAGUUUCUUGUCUUGUACAGUUUAUGGUUUGUACACCUGAAGUGAGUGCCAUUGUGAGUGAGUUUGAUUUGGAUCUGACGUUGGUGUUGGAAACCAGUGGGAAGAUUCAGAGGUGCCUUUUUGGUUUGGUGUGUUCUUCUUUUUGUAUUUCCAGUAUCUUUCUAGGGGGAGCUUAAUUAUUAUGUUAAUGACAAUAUGUGAUUGAGCAGUGAACCUCUUAACUCACUAUAUUUGAGUUACGCUGUUAUAGAAACCUGAUGUUAAAGCUGAUGCCAUCGUGCACAAACCAGGGCUUUACAGUUUCCGUUGAUUUAAUGUGCAAAUUACAAACCGUGUUGGCUAGAAAAUCAUCGGGGAACUUAUCGAGGAGUGAGGCGAAAGUGAGAACUGGGAAAUGUAACUGUGAAAAAUCGUAGUAAAAAAACUACUUCUACUUUUAAAAUGCUGUUGGUUUUAUAGUUGAGUAAUAAUGAACAUCCAUGUUUCCAUUUAGUCAAGAAGAAAGUUUGAGUUUAUUCCUCAAUUGAUAUUUGAUCUGCAUCCACAGGAGGCUUUAAUCUGGAAAUCAGGAAAAAUCGUUUUGCUUCAAGCUGUGACAUCAUCAUACUACACCACAAGAUAACAAGAUGCAAAAGUUGACCGACCAGUUUAACUUGAGCCAAACACACCAACGUUUUUAUUUACAAAACAAACCAUUUGCAACUCCACGUUAUCCUCUCUCAGCCUCCUUAUUUUCCACAUCGAUGCUAUUGUACCACAUUCACGACAAAUAAAAGGAUGGGAAUGCA